AUGUACCUAACAGAACAAGUGGUACUGUCGCUGAGCCUUAAGCACUACAUUAUGCCCCAACGACUUCGACCAAUUCCGAUACAUCGUACUAUUGCACCAGCGUCGAACCCGGAGCUCUUACUCGAGCCCUCCUCUACAUUAAUUGGGAAACGAAAACGUGCAGCCGAUGACAACAUCGAAGGAAACCAAGAUAACAUUGACGAUACCGGCGAUCAUGAGGGUCCUACUAAGUUAUCUGCCCCAGACAUGAAGCGUGUCAAGAUAUGGGGUGGAGAGUCACUCGAUCGUGGUCUACCUAUUUCCGUUCUUACCCAAGGCAGCUAUUCUCCGACUCGUAUUGACGCUGGCGUCCAUAUUUCCCAGGUCACACCGUCGUUAGACCUGAAUAUGUCUACUGUUCCUCCCGGAGCCUCGAUUCCUCCCAAUUCCGAAUCCUUUCCUAUGCCUGUUGCUGAAUCUUCUUAUUCAGUGUCUGGUUUGGACUGUCAAGCUAGCCUUCCCUUUCAGGACAUCCCACCGAAUGCAACGCAGCUCCAAGGUCCCAUUCCCGACGUGGUUGACCCUUUUCGAUCCUCUCUGAUUGUCUCAUCCUCUGACGGAACCACUCAUACCUGCCCCCUUGAUUCGACAAUCAAAAACCAAACACUGGGAUUGAUCCCUGUCACUAGUUCCGCUUGUCCCGACCCGACUCAUCCAUACCCAAAAGUAGACAUCGUCUCGGAGUCUAGCUUUAGCACCGCGCUCAAUCCCGAUUCGGAAGAUAUCAGUGAAAACGACGAUGAUCAAGUGGAAGAGUGCGCAACACUUGGGGAGUUCAUGGAAGAGGAACCGUAUAGGCAUGAUGGCGGAAUGUCGGCCAGUGGUUCUGUCGUUUCUGAUGGAGCUGUACUGGCUGAAUCAGGAGGUGGCACGUUUAGGAAGGCAUCCGAACCCAAUCCCUUCGUCGAAAACAUUAAUUUUGAUCGCGAUAUGGGCUUCACCGAGGUCAACGACAAUCAAGCCAGCAAUCUGAAUGACACCGAUACUGCCCAUAUGGAGACAAGCAAUUCGUUCACUAUCCGCGAGGACAAUCCGUCCAUUCCGAACCAAAAUCAAGCGUUUGAGGAAGAUGUCAAUGAAGAUAACGAAAAUAAGGAAAGCGAAGAGAGCGAGGAGGACGAGGAGAGUGAGAAUGAGCGUGAAGAUGAAGGGAAUAGUGCCCCGGUCGGCAGCGCCAUGUCGAUCAGAUGCUCUAUCAUCGAACUGGAGGAAGAAAAUGUCGCAGGUCCCAGAUCUUGUGUACGCGAGGUUGCUGAUUCUGAUUCAGAUAUGAAUCCAGAUGGAUACGACUACCAAUCCAGUGGCGAUUACGGCCAAAGUAGUGUUCCGAAUGGCACCGAGGCAGAGACCACCCAUUUGCGCUCGGGUACAAUUGUGUCCGAGGAUGCUCCACCUGUUCAAAUCCAAACUUGCGAGGAAGAGGAAGAUGAUCAUGAUGAGGAGGACGAGGACGGUUAUUUUGAAGAUUAUAACAUGGGUAGGGAAGACCAGUAUGAGGAGACGGAGGAGGAGGAUGACUAUGUCGAAGAUUAUAACGUGGAUGGGGAAGACCGGUAUGGGGAGGCGGAGGAGGAGGAGGAGCACUAUGGCGAAGAUCGUAGCAUGGGUGGGGAUGAUGAUGAUCAGUAUGAUGCAGAGGAAGAGGAGGAGGAGGACUAUGUUGAAGAUUAUAACAUGGAUGGGGAAGACCAGUAUGGGGAGGCGGAGGAAGAGGGGGAGGAAGAGGAGGAGGAAGGGGAGGAAGAGGAGUGGGAAGAGGAGGAGGAGGAGGAAGGGGAGGAGGAAGAGGAGGAAGGGGAGGAGGAAGAGGAGGAAGAGGAGGAUUAUGUCGAAGAUGAUACCAUGGAUGGGGAAGACCAGCACGCAGAGGAAGAGGAGGGCGAUCUUAGCAAUGUCAUUGUCCAAAUGUCAGCUAGAGAUCCUAUUGCCGUUGAAAAGGAAGAAGACGUGAUUGAGAGUCACGCGUCCGAGGAAGCUUUUGCCUACAUUGGAGACUAUGACAUGGAUGGAGAAGACCAGUACGAGUUGGACGAGGAGAAGGAUUCCGGAAGCAGCAUCGGCCGGUCUGAGGAAGCUUAUCAAUCCGAUGCUUACGACGAAGACUACAACAUGGACAGCGAAGAACAGUUUGCGGGGGAAGCGGAAGAAGAGGAGGAAGAGGAGGAAGAGGAGGAAGCGGAGGAAGCGGAGGAAGAGGAGGAAGCGGAGGAAGAGGAGGAAGCGGAGGAAGCGGAGGAAGAGGAUUCCGGCAAUGGAAUUGGCCGAAUCUCACCAAGAGGUCCUACUGCUGUUGAAGAUGAAGAAGAAGAGGAGGAGAUAGAGAAUUGCAAUUCUGACGAGGCUUUCCAACGUCAUGCCUAUGUUGAAGACUAUAACAUGGACGAGGAAGACGAGUAUGCCGAUCAUGAUGAUAGUGAAGAUUCGAACGACGAAGAUGUCGAUAUGCGGGACGGAGAUGUUGAUAUGCGGGACGAGAGCCCAGUUAUUCAUGAUACUUCACGAAAGGCAAUGGUAGAGGAUGUGUCGGAUGAGGACGAUCAGUAUCCAGCGACGCAUUUCCAUUCUGGAAAGCAACGGGGUACCGCCUCAUUCUUUUCAAUUUCUCCGCCCAGCACGCCCUUCAAAACUUCGUAUGUGGAGAUUGACGAGGAAGUGGACAAUGAAGCGGAUAGUAUCGUGGAUAACCCAGAUCAAGACACUGUGCUUUGGAUGAGAGACGAGAUACAGGAGCUCAUCAAGACACAGGUCAAAACCAAGGAAAUGAAAAAGCAUUUCACAACAUUCCUCGAAAAAUCAAUGGACAAUCCAGCCCUAGUCCUUGUUGCUCUUCAUGCCCACAUUGUCUACAACAGUGGCCGUCCGAGCCGUAAUGCCUCGCAGGACAUGGAACACUUCGACUUCGGCAGUGCAGACGGCAUGAGUGCUGCAAGUCAGGAAAGCGACGAGGAUGAUGAUCCUCCCCCUGCUAAACGCAAGAGUCCUAAGCGACGAUCACAAAAUCAAAUACAUCUUGCUCGCCAGAUUCGCGCUUCUGUUAAGUCUUUACUGAAGCUCGAUGACGAUAAGGAAACCCUGAUAAAAAGGUGUGUCGAGCAGUGGGAGAUAAAGGAUUGGAUCGAUGCGAAGUGCUCGGGACCCACCGUCGAUAAUUUUCGUCUGGAUUUAGAGAACAAAGGAACACUGACUCGUUGGAACAAGGCCGCUUGCACUGUAUUUGUGUCUUAUUUCAAAUCUUCCCCAGCGCACCAAAAAUACUCUACGGUCAUUGUCACGAAGGCUUUUGAAACCCAUUUGAUCCAACUUAAACGAAAUAUGGCCAAGGCGAGGGAAUCAGUCAAGACCAAAACGAAGGGUGGCCAAUCUGUAAAGUCGGAUCGAGAGAGACAGAAUCGACGAGUAGCUAGACGUAAACGUUUGCUGGAGCGUCGUCUUAACCUUUUCGCAAGGUUGAAAAAAAAGUAUGGCGACGCGAUACCGAAAGAGCUGGAAGACGCUAUAAACCUUCUUACUUGGGAGAUGAUGAGUGGGGAUGAGACCGACGGUCGUUCACAAUUGGAAUAUCCCCAUUUUUGGAUCAGGAAACUCGAGUGGCGCUCCUCCGAACUUGCAGAUUUGCUUGCAUAUUUGUCUGCUCUAGACAUUGCAUUUCGCUAUAUCCAGAAUGGUCUGUACACCAAAGGAGCAUUUCCUCUAGCUCGCACCAAUCGUCUCAACUGCAUUGAGACACAGUAUCAUGAUCCUCCGACAGGCUUGCCCCGCAAUUUCUAUUCGACCGCGUGGCUGGAAAGUCAUCCUGACCGCCUUGGUUCGGUUGUACCUACGAAAGCAUUGAAUCUGACGUUGCCUUCCAAUAUUCAACAGAACGCUUUCCGUUUUCUGCAUGUCAAAGAACGCUCAGACAAGCCACUGAAUGUUGAUGACCCGAGGCUGAAAAAUACCUAA